UGGGGGCGCUGCUCGCUCCACUCACGGGUGUGGAUGUGAGUAAUGGGGUAAAUCAUCUGCCAGAGAUUCCGUUAUGCCUCCAUCCAGUCAUUUCUCCGCGGUUUGCGUUGCUGUAAAGUAGCUUCCCCUCAUCCGGAAGUUGUGCUACAGAAAUGGCCGUCAGCUGAUACUCAAAGCGAUGCGCCACCACUGGCUGCUCCUUGGGGUCUGCGGCUGGGCGCUGCUCAUUCUGGUGUUUGUUGGGAAGUUCAUCACCUUCAGAUCUGUGGAUGACUAUGGAGACAGAGGUGUGCAGAGCUGGACGGGGCCAGGACCCAAUCCAGUUAAAGCUGCUGCUGUGGACGUCCCAGAAAACCAGAACCCUAAACCGCCAGACCGGCCAACACUCCCGCCCUUGGACCCCGAGUGGCAUUCGGUCAAUGAGAAGCGAAUCGAGCUGCUCACCUCCAUGUGCAGGAACAGCAGCAUCAAUAAUCUGACUCACGUCUCAAUCAGCAAGUUCGUCCUGGACCGCAUCUUCGUGUGUGACAAGCACAAGAUCCUCUUCUGCCAGACGCCCAAGGUGGGAAACACUCAGUGGAAGAAAGUCCUCAUUGUGCUCAACGGACAGUUUCCCACUGUGGACGACGUCCCAGAGGAACUGGUUCAUGCUCAUGACAGAAACGGCCUGCAUCGCCUCUCCUCACUCACCCCGCAGGAAAUAAGUCACAGAUUAAACACUUACUUCAAGUUUCUCAUCGUGAGAGAUCCGUUCGAGCGCCUCAUUUCUGCCUUCAAGGACAAGUUUGGGCAGAACCCCCGUGACGAGCCGUGGUACAAACGAGACAUCGCUCCGGUCAUCAUCCGGAAAUACCGCAAGAGCCACCAGGACGGCGAGGUCACCGCCUCCGGCCUGCACUUCGAGGACUUUGUGCGUUACCUGGGCGACGUGGCGCUCCGCCGUCGCCGCAUGGAUCAACAGUUCGGCGCUCCCAUCAUCCACUGGGUGACGUACACAGAGCUGUGCGCGCCGUGCGAAAUCCAGUACAGCGUGGUGGGGCACCACGAGACGCUGGAGAAAGAUGCGCCCUACAUCCUCCAUGCGGCGGGCGUGGAGGGCCUGGUGUCCUACCCCAGCUUUCCUCCAGACAUCACGCGCUACAACAGGACCAAGGUGGAGCAAUACUUCUCAGGCAUCAGCAAGCAGGACAUCAGGCGUCUGUUCGCACGCUACCAGAGCGACUUCCACCUGUUUGGUUACCCCCGGCCAGACUUUCUACUCAACUAAAAACACUAACACUGACACAGAGACGUCUUUUCUACAGACGUCUCUCCUGCUUUGGUUUGCUGUGAUGAAGAUGAGUUUGUGUGCUGGGAGUGUGGAGCUUUGCUCCUCAUGUAGCUGAAAUAACUGACAGGUCAGUGUGUUGUGGACGGAGGACUGCAUUGAAGCCAAUUACCUCCAAAGAUGGUGUGUGACAUUUCACCGAGUGUUUGUCUUUUUUGGUCAGGGGUCGUUUCUCAUUGUUCCAACUCUUCUGAUUGACUGAGACCGCCCGGACACCUGCGCUCGACAAGGCGGCAGCUUUUAAAAAAACGGAAGUUUAAAAGCCUGAUUACCCAAUAUAGCUGACGAUUGCAGUGACCAAUCGGAUUUCAGGGUCCCGGCUCUGGCUCACAGAGUCAGUCAUGUCACGAAACCGUGCCACAGCGGGGAGCGUGGUAACUACUGCCAACAAGGCGCCGCUCGCUGCCAGAGCCACCGUCCUGGCUCCACUGUGCUGUUGAGCAAACUUCUUCAUGUCGUCUUCACUUUAUACAGUAACUUCAAGGAAGCUGGGCUUAUGUCUGUUUUAAAAUAAAGUAAUAUAAUAAAUAACACU